AUGUUACAAUCUCCAUUUUCUUUCACUCCAAGGAAAGAUAGAUGCAAUUCAAAUCCAAUAACAAAAACAAUACCUUCUGUAUUAUUACCUUCACAAUCAUCAUGUAAUACAAUAAAUAAAAAUAUAUCUUUUGAUAUUCCCUCAACUCCCGAACCUAAAUCAACUACAAUAAAUAUGUUAAAUACGCCACCAUCAACUACAUCAAGAAGAAAUAGUACAAAUAAAAGACAAAAAUCAACAACAAGAGUGACGAAAACCCCAACAAAAACAAGAAGUACAACUCGAAAGCAGAAACAAAAACAGUUACAAUUAGAAAAUGAAAAUAAAAAUAAUAUAGUUUUACCAUUAUCACCUCCAAUGAUGUCUUCAAUUGAGUUAAAAUUAAAACUAAUACAAUCAAAAUUAUCAAAUAUUGAUAAUAAUACAAGUAUAAAAUCAGAUAUAUCAACAUUAUUAGAUUCAACUUUACUAGAAAUAAAUCAACAACAAGAACAACUUAAAGAAAAUAAUAUAUCACAAUCAAUACCAUCUUCAUCACCUUCUUCUUCAUUAAUUCAAGAUUUAUUACCAAAAUUAACAAAUGAUCAAAUUUUACAAGGUUCAAAAAAUAAUUAUAUUUUAGAAACUCCAAAAAAUCAAAUUUUAUCAAAUGAAUUUGAAACUUAUUCACCUCCAUUAGCUCCAAAACAAGAUUUUAAUUCACUAAUAAAUAAUAAUAAUGAGAAUUAUUCAAAUAUUGAUUUUAAUUUAAUUUCAUGUCAAUUAGAUUUUUUAAAUGAUGAAUUUUGUUAG